UCAUGCAAACUGUACAAUUAAUUAAUUAGAUUUUGUUUUUAUCUAUAUUUAAUGCUUCAUGUAUAUAUCUAAAGAUUGGAUGUAAUGUUUUUUUUGUUAACCAGGCCUAAUACUGAUAUUCUGGCCUUGAAAUGUACUAGCCCAUGCUGCACAGUGCACAGCUAGCACGAUAAAAUAUAAUCUUGACACAGCUGCACGUUGCGCCAUUAGCCAUGGAGUCCGGCGGCUUCCUUGCACGUCGUCCCGAGCCAUGCGCCGCCGCCGCCGACCCCGACGACGGCGACGCCCGCCGCGGCGGUUGGCGCGCCGCCUUCUUCCUCGUCGUCGUCGGGUUCUUGGAGCGGAUUGGGUUCUUCGGCGUGCAAGGCAACCUGAUGCUGUACCUCACCGGCCCGAUGGCCAUGUCCACGGCGGCGGCGGCCACCGCGGCGAACGCCUGGGGCGGGACGGUGCUGGUGCUCACGCUCGCCGGCGGCCUCGCCGCCGACUCCUCCGGCCUCGGCCGGUACCGCGCCGUCAUCGUCGCCAGCGCGCUCUACCUGCUCAGCUUGGGGAUGCUCACGGCGUCGUCGUCGUCCAUGGCGGCGCAGCGAGCCACGUCGCCGCCGUCGUCGUCCGCCGGCGGCGCCGUCGUCGUCGUCUUCUACGCCGCGCUCUACCUGCUAGCUCUGGCGCAGGGCUUCCACACGCCGUGCGCCGAGGCGUUCGGCGCCGACCAGUUCGAGAGAGAGGGUGACGACGAUGGCGGCGGCGGCGGCGGCGCGCGGCGGCCUGCGUCGCGGAGCUCAUACUUCAACUGGUACCACUUCUCCAUAUCCUGGGGCUACGUCAUCUCCACCACCUUGCUCAGCUACGUCGACGAGAACGUCGGCUGGACCGUCGGGUUCGCCGCGUGCUGGGCCACCAUGGUGCUCUACCUCGCCGUCUUCUUGCUCGGCACGGGGACGUACCGCCGCGCCGAGCGACCUGCCAUCGACGGCGCCGCCGCGGCGCGUCGUGCGUGGACGGCGAGGUUCUUCUUCUUCUUCUCCCGAAACCGAAAGGAUGCCGCCGAACAGCUUCUAGAACCACAAGAGGAGGUGGUGGUGGUGGUGGAUGGCCAUGGCGAUGGCGGCAGGGGAUUCUUCCUUGUGAAGCUUCUUCCGAUCUGGCUGAGCAGCAUAGUGUUCGCCGUCGUCGUCUCGCAGGUGUCCACCCUGUUCACCAAGCAGAGCAGCACAAUGGAUCGGCGCGUCGGCAGCGGCGGCGGCGGCGGCCUCGUCUUGCCGUCGGCGGGGCUGCAGUGCCUCGUCAGCUUCACCUACAUCGCGGUGCUGCCGGUGUACGACCGCAUGGUGGUGCCGCUCGCGAGGCGCCUCACCGGCGGCGGCGGCGGCAUCACAAUGCUCCAGCGCAUCGGCGCCGGCAUGGCGACGGGCUGCCUCGCCAUGGCCGUGGCGGCGCUCGUCGAGGCGAGGCGGCUCCGCGUGGCCCGCGACGCCGGCCUGGUCAACCGGCCGGGCGCGACGGUGCCGAUGGGGGUGUGGUGGCUGGUGCCGCAGCACGUGCUGAUCGGCGUCGCGGAGGUGCUCGCCGUGAUCGGGCUGGAGGAGUUCUUCUACGACCAGGUGGCCGGCGAGCUCCACAGCGUGGGGCUCGCCGUGUCCCAGGGCGUGAUGGGCGUCGGGAGCUACGCCAGCGGCGCGCUCGUGGCGGCGAUCGACUGGGCGACGGCGGCGAGGAGCGGCGGCGGAGAGAGCUGGUUCGCCGACGACCUCAACCGCGCGCACCUGGACUACUUCUACUGGUUGCUCGCCGCGCUCGCCGCUCUGGAGGUGGCCGUGUUCGUCUACCUUGCGCAGCGAUACGACUACAAGAACAAAUCCAAGCCAUGAUCGAUCGUAUUCUUUUCUGAUUUUGUAUCUUCUUAUUUUAGAUAUGAACAAUGGCGUGACGUUAUCAUUUAGAAAAAAUAUCAAACAUAUUCUUUUAAUUGUAUAUCCCUACUAUUAUAAAAAGAGUAAAGUGCACAGGUAGUCCUUAAACUAAUAAUGGUGUGUCAUCUAGAUCCUUAAACUCUUAAAAUGUAUAUCCAAAUUCUAGAA